AAAAUGAGCUCAACUAAUUGUCAGCUUGAUGAGAAAAAACAGGCUGCUGAGAAACGACGUGAGAAAACUCAAAAAGAAGAUCAUUUACUUCCUUUAAAUGGAAUGGGGCCAGAGACACCUUAUUCUCAUCUGUUAAUUAGCGGAACUCAGAAUCCUGCGCCAAGAAUGAUGGAUUUGCGUCCUUUGACCAAUCAAUUUAUGCAGUACCGUCAACGCAAGGAGGAUUUUUCUGCUGAUCGUCCGAGUGGUAAAAACUAUACAAGCUUUGUCAGCAAUGAGAUUACUCAUCGAAAUGGCAACACUAAGAAGCAGCGAGGUGAUGGUGGUGCUUCUGCACUUGAAAAGCAAUUAAGUCAAUUGGCUAUUGUUGAAACACCAGUAGAACUUCCUGCUUUUGAAUAUAUUUUGAAAUCUAAUAAUUUGGUUUGCUUUCAUGGGAAAGGACAUUUUUUGAGCACUCUUUAUCCGGUCAAAAUUAACGUCGACGGGCAUGACUAUCCAUCAGUUGAACAUUAUUAUCAGGCUUGCAAAAUUUUUUCGUUGGUUGGCCCGGAUCAGGCUCAGUUGUUGCGUAAUGUUUUGGAUACUUUGAAGGUUAAACAGAAGGCUAAAGACAUUCUUCGAAAUUAUCGUGUUAAUAACCAGAAGGUUGAACAUUGGAAAAAUACUACGGGAUUGUUGGUUCUUCUCCAUGGAAUCCGUUUCAAGUUUACCCAAAACCAAGAAAUGCGUGAUAAGCUUUUGGCUACUGGAGAUGCUCUCCUUUGCCAAGCUUAUGAUCGUGAUGCUUUUUAUGCUGUUGGAAUGACUGAGGAAAAACUUCGUGAAUGGGCACGUGAAAAUGAAGGGAAAAUCUUGAAAUUUCCAAGUGACCUUGAUGAAGACAAAGUUAAAUACAUUCCGUUGGUUGGGAAAGGGAAGAAUGUUUUGGGUGUUCUUUGUAUGCAGAUUCGUCAUUUAAUUAAAUAUGGUGUUGGGCCUGUAAUUGACAAGAAGAAGACUGCGACUGCUCAGGUUAAGGAUAAUAAUGGGGCGGAAGACAAGUCGACAAUUUCUUCUUUUGAAGAAGAUGAUGAUGACCUGAAGAGUUCUGAUGAUGAUUUUAAGAGUUAA